AUGGCUGAUCAGCUUCGGCGGCGAUGGGCGGCGGCGGACGACGGUGUCCUGUACGAGGUCGCCCGCCGCAUCCCGUGCGAGAUCGAUCGCCGCCACAUGGGUCGCGUAUGCAACUCCUGGCGCGUGGCGCUCGUGAAGCUCAAGGCCCCGGCGCCGCCGCCUCCGCUCCCGUGGCUCGCCCUCCCUGAGUCCGACGAUGGGCUGCCCGCCACCGUCUCCUGCGUCCUCAGCGGCUGCCGCACCCACGCCUUCUCCGUCCUUCAAGGAGCACGCGGCGCGCGCUACUUCGGUUCGUACGAUGGCGGAUGGCUCUUCCUCGCCGUCGGCGGCCAAGCUCAAUGCCAAGCCCUCCUCAACCUCAAGAUCAACGGCUUUCAGACCCUCGACCUCCCCAACCUGGCGCCCGUCAACUCAGUGAAUCCGAACCGUGACCGUGAGAUGGCCAUCGUCGCCGCCACCCUCUCGUGCCAGCCAACUGAACAAGGAUGCAUCGUCGCCGGCAUCAUCGAAUCAUCUCCCAACCUCGUCGCCGUUGGCCAUGUCACCCGGAGCAUUGCGUUCUGGCGGAUGGGCGAUCAGGUGGUCUUACCUGUUUUGUGGGCACUGGAGGAGGACAACCCAUUGAUGCGGCUGGAAGAAGUGGAGGACCUCCUAUGCCACCAUGGAGCCUUCCAUUUCCUCACCCGAGCGGAAGACGUCCUUGCGUGCGAAGAACCACCGGUCUUCUACAGAGAUUCCGUGAGUCUGGUCCCGGCAAACAUGUUCUUCCUGCCGCGCGUCCACGACGAGAACGAGACUGUUCUUGCUCGCUACCUCGUGGGGUCCGGCAAGAAGCUGCUCAUGGUGGUCAGGCUAGCUAGUGGCCGGGGUCAGCGCACGACGUCGGCGUUCCGGGUGUUCCAGAAGAAAAAGUUCAACACCGGCGAAGAAGACGAGCCGUCCCAGAAUCGCUCUGCUCAUUUUGAGUACUACUGGAGCGAGCUGGACGAGCUCGAUGGCCGGAUGCUGUUCGUCGGACUAGGCUGCUCCAGAUCCUACAAGGCGGGUGAUGGCAGGUACCCCGGCAUGGAGGAGGGCGUCUACUUCUUGGAUGAUCCGAGCAUCCACCAGAUGAUCAUCGGUGAUGCACCCAAACCGCCGUACCUCUGCAGUGACAACGGUAAAUGGUCGAGAGCACCAACUGAUCCCCAGGGCCAGGUCGAGCGCUGCUUCCCGGAGCGAGGCCCAUCGAUCCACUCGCCUCCGGUUUGGAUUCUCCCUUGA